AUGAAAGUGAAUUUGGAGAAGGCCUAUGAUAGGCUUAGCUGGAGUUUUAUCAAGGAGACUUUGGAGGAUAUAGAUGACAUCAUACUAUGUGCAGAGGCAACUGUGGAACAAGCUUUUAUCAUCAACCAGGUGUUGACAAUUUUCUCUGCUGCAUCAGGGCAGAAAAUCAGUGAAAAUAAAUCAAGAGUUAUGUUUUCAAUAAAUGUGGGUGUGACUAGAGCUAAUGAGAUUGGUGAAAAGCUUGGAGUGGGGAUUACUAAUGAUUUGGGCAAGUACCUUGGGGUAAAUCUGAGUCAUAAAAGAGCCUCUAGGAAAUCUGUCAUUAAUGUAAUGGAAAGGGUGCAUAGUAGGAUGUCUUCAUGGAAUCAAUUUUCUCUCUCUUUGGCUGGAAGAAUCACAUUGGCAAAAUAUGUAUUGGAGGCCCUCCCAGCUUAUACAAUGCAGUCCACCAUCAUUCCUGUGAAUGUCUGUAAAGAGGUGGAGAAGGUGACUAGGAAGUUUAUUUGGGGCUCAAAUUCUGAUAAAAAGAAGAUUCACUUGGUUAACUGGAGCAGUGUUUGUAGAGCCAAGGAGGAAGGAGGGCUAGGAUUAAGAGACCAAAGAAUAGUGAACAAAGCCUUCUCCAUGAAAAUUGGUUAUGGAAUGUUGACUAAUAAAGAUACUUUAUUGGCUAGAAUCCUUCGAAGCAAAUAUAAGGUGAGCAGUGACCUUAUGCCUGUUCUGAAAGAAGAUAGGAAUGGAUCCAGUGUGGGAAGGCUGAUUGAUGGGGUGAUAAAACCAGUUCCAGAUGGUGAUAAAGAGUGGUUGGUGGCUGACUGUUUGAAUCAAGAGGGAAGCUGGCAAUGGUCUAAAUUUGACAAAUUUCUUGAAGAUGAGGUCAUCAGAAUCAUCGAAAAUGUUCAUCCUCCCUCUGAUGCUAAUGGUCCUGACUUGGUAAUGUGGAACCACUCCUCAACAGAUGCAGUAGAUGCAAUUCCCCUAUGGAGGAUUGUAAUCAUAUAUUCAGAGAGUGUGGUUGGACCCAACAAAUUUGGAGGAUUUGCUGUAAGGGAAGAAAUGUUAGAUACCCCAACACUGGAAAGAAAUAGCUUUAUCUUUAAUGAUUCUAGGAAACAGCCUAUAGAUAUGGUUUAUCAAACUUCGAAAUUUGUUCAGGAUGUAUUGGUGGCUGACAACAUGCUGUUGAAAGCUGGUCUCCUUCCUGAAAAGAGGAAAGAGGUAAGUAGUCAUUGGAAACAUCCAUCUCCUAAUUGGAUCAAAAUCAAUUCGGAUGGAGAAUGUCGUAACAAAGGAGUUUCAACUAGUUGUGGGGGUGUAAUUAGAAACUAUGCUGGGAAAUGGAUUGCUGGAUUCUCAAAAAGGAUUGGUUGUGGGAAUGUGCUGUUGGCUGAGGUUUGGGGUAUGGUUAUUGGAUUGGAAUGGGCUUGGGAAAUGGGCUACCAACAGGUGAUUCUGGAGACAGAUUCCAUGGAAGCUUUGAAGAUUGCUCAGGAUGGUUGCACUGAGUUUCAUCCUUGUCAUAUGUUGAUAAUCAGAAAUAAGAAAGCUCUUGAGAGGAACUGGAAGGUGGAAUAUCCUACACUCACAGAGAAGGGAAUAAAGUUGCCGAUUGGAUGGCUGGUCAUGCUUCUGAAUUGGACUGGAACGUAG